CCUUUCAUUGCCAUUGCCAUUGCCAUUGCCUACCUCUCUCACCUGUUUUCAGACACAACAUACGUCGCCAUGUCAGGAGGACUCUUUGCCGGUCUCAAUAAUCCAACCCCUGGGUCAGGGCAAACGUCACAACCUGCACCGUCUGGCGGCCUUUUCGGUGGUUUGGGAACAAGCACGUCGCAAACAUCUGGGGGCCUUUUUGGGACAAGCACAACGCAGGCAACCGGAGGUAGUAGUCUAUUUGGAGGCUUAGGGACGAAUACGCAAACAUCGAAUACAGGUGGUGGGCUCUUUGGAGGUGCGACAUCGCAGCCACAGCAAACAACCAGUAGUCUCUUUGGAGCAACGACACAACCCCAGCAACAGAACCCCGCUGCAGCCUCUACAACCCAAACCCCCCUUCAGCAAUCCCAGCAGAACGGACAGAACCAGGCCUACUUUGAUACCAUAUUGGAGAAGAGUCGGAAGAGAAUGUAUGGCGAGUCGGCAGGGGAGGACCUACCACAACUCCAACUUGGCCUUGGAGACCUGCGCCAGCGUAUAAAGCGGCUAGGUACCGGUACACCAGAUCGAAAUGUCGACGGCAAAGCACACUAUCUACUUGCGGCAUCAGGUGUUGAUCCGGGAGCCGCAGUCAGAGACCUCAACCUCUUCAGCGCAGCAACAGGCUUGGGUGAUAGAGCGCCUGCCCCAGUAGCGAAUCUAGACGUGGAAGGGUAUAUUGCGAAUUUACAAACUCAGACUACUUUAAGCAUGAUCUCGGACGGACUGGCGCGUUCUGUUCGCGACUUCGACACCUUCUUGGAAGAUAAUGUGACGAUGGAGUGGGAUGCGCAACGGAAGAGGAUAUAUCAGCACUUUGGAAUCAAGCCUAGGGAAGCUGUUAGUGGGGGAAGAUCAUCCGGCUUUGCGCCAGCUGUUUCGAGUGCUGGUGAGGGUGGCGGAUUUGGACGAUCUAGGCGCAGCAAAGCAGCAUCAAUUGCUGGAUCAAGGGCUAAUGGAGCAGUUGGCGCGAGUUCCUUUGGAAGAUCGAAUUUUCAAAGAUCAGCAAUCGGAGCUGCUAGUUCAGCAGGCAAGACCAGCCAACAAGCUUUUGCUGAUGUGGAGAAGAAGAUGGAAACAAAUGGUGCCUCUGCAGCUGUCCCUACCGAUCGAUUUCAACGGGACAAGCAAGGGCGGUUUGCAGAGAAAGUGCAAAACUUGAACCUCGCGAGGCUACAGAAACGCUGCUAUCCUGUCUGUCAUGAAUUUGCGACUGUUGUUGGGCAGACAGGCGAACAACAUGGCCCGGAAGUGGUCAAAGCUUACAAGGCCCUCAUAGAGAUUGUUUCUGAAGACCCGGAUGUUGAGCUCUUGUCAGAUCCUCUUGCCGUGCAGGAGCGGCAAUUUGCAAAGCAGUACCUGGACGAGACCCCAGCUUCACCCAGCAGUACGGCGAUCAAGAAGAGAAUCCUGAAAGGUGGUACUCGGUGUCUCGAGAAACUGGCGUUUGAGAACAUAGAAUCUUUUAUCAACAAGAACCCUCGGGAGGCUAACCUUGGUGGCAUACCAAACGUGUUGAGUAAGGUGAAGGCAUAUGUGCGACUACUAGCUUCUAAAAGGAGCCUUGCCGGUGACAAUAUCGACCUACAGAUGCUCGGUGACGACUAUGUCUGGGCCUUGAUAUAUUAUCUGCUCCGAACAGGUCAUACCCAAGAGAUCGUUGACUAUGUCGACGCCAAUCAAGCGGCCUUUCGUGCUAUCGAUAAUCGCUUCUCUGCCUACAUCAAGUCUUACAACAGCAGCCCUGAUAAGAGACUGGAAAGUGGUCUUCAGAAUAAUAUCAAUGGCGAAUACACCCAGCGUCUACUGAUAGCACCAGAGAACUCGAUCGACCCAUACAGGAUGGCAUGCUACAAAGUCAUAGGCCGCUGUGACCUCAAGUCCCGUCAACUUGAAGGUAUCAGCUACGAUGUGGAAGACUUUGUCUGGCUUCAACUUGUUCUUGCGCGUGAGCUCAACCGAGUAGACGAGAUUGCCAGUGAGUCUUAUGGACUUGCAGACUUGCAGAAGACUAUGCGAGAAAUUGGCACUCGAUUCUUCGUCAAAGGAGGUGGCGAUGCCGGCUUCUCUUUUGGGACCUUCGUCUUCUUCCAAGUCGCGUGCGGAAUGUUCGAGGAGGCUGUGGCGUAUCUUUACCCCUAUUCGUAUACCGAUGCUGUUCAUUUAGCAACUUCCCUAGAGUUUUACGGCCUUUUAAGAGCAUCGGACCCGAACGUCGCUGGUGAGGAUUUACUGAGCUGGACCACUAGGGAGAAUCCUCAGAUCAACUUCAGCCGCAUGAUUGGCUACUACACUCGUGACUUCCGAGCUGCGAAUGUCAGUGCCGCUGUGGACUAUCUUGUUCUCAUCUGCCUCAACCAGGAUUUGCCUGGCCAGGCGGGAAUCAACCAAGUCACUGUUUGCCACGAUGCAUUGAGAGAGCUUGUUCUAGAGAGCCGGGAGUUUGCCUUACUUCUAGGCGAUGUUCAGGACAACGGACAGCGCAUCAAGGGCUUAAUCGAAGAGCGAAUGAAGCUCAUUGCUUUGAGCGAGACGGACGAUUUCAUGCGCACCAUUACCAUCCAGGCUGCCAGCGCUGCUGAUGACAACAGCCGAAUGACAGAUGCAGUACUACUUUAUCACCUUGCUGGGGAGUACGACAACGUGAUGGUCAUUAUCAAUCGGGCACUCAGCGAAUUCGUUGCUGUGCCUAUCGGCCAAGACUCUUUGCGGUUACAACCACUCAAGCCACGCGAAGACCCCAAUGUACCCCAGAUUCAUGCAGGUAGUUUCAGUCUUAUGUCCCUCGAUGAUCCGGUUUCACUCACAGCCGCUUUCACAGCCAUCUAUGGGCAGAGCAGGAUGUACAUGGACAAGAUCAAAAGCGUCAACAUGCUCGCUUGUCGAGCUCUGAUGAACAUAGUCCAAUUAAAACGUUUAGUUGAGGAAGGAGAUUACCCUAAGGCCUUGGACAUGAUGAGAGAUCUUGAUAUUCUCCCUCUUGAAUGCCAUGGAAAUGCAAGUGAUAUCCGUCGCUAUGCCACAAAGUUUUCGUCCUUACCGCAAGCCGUCGCUAGCACUGUACCCAACCUCCUGAUGUGGGCCAUUUUGAUGUUCAACCAUAUGCGCGGCGGACUUACGGCGGGUAAAUUCAGUGCGAACCCAGUCGCUAACCGGGUAUUGCUCGAUGAUAUGAGACAGAAGAACAUGGACUUGACGACAUACACCAGCCAGCUGAGAUACAGAUUCCCAUCACAGGUGCACGAGGCGUUGGCGAGAGCUCAAUCGGAGUGA